AUGAUUUUACCAAUGGUAUUCGUUUACAUAUCUAUUUUUUCAACAUCAAUUAUAAAUGGACAAGACGCACCAUGUGAAUCGAAAGAUUCUCUAUCUUGGACACCAUGGUUUAAUUUUCAUAAACCAUCUGUUAAAGGUGAAUAUGAACUACAUGCAGCUAUACGUAGUCGACAUCCAACUAUUGUUUGUCCUGAACCACGUUAUGUAUCAGCUGUCAACCAAGCUGGUAUUGAUAUGAAUCGCACACUUGAUAUGAUUUUAUUACGCUCGUAUGAUGUUUUUUGUUUGAAUAAUUACGAUCCGAAAUUUCACAGAAAAAUUUGUGAUGAUUAUAGCGUACGCUAUUGUUGUCCACUAAGACUAUCACCACCACAGCCACAGCCACAGCCACAUCAGCAAUCGCAACCACAGCCACAGCCACAUCAGCAAUCGCAACCACAUCCACAUCCACAUCCACAUCCACAGCUAUCUAAUCAAAUACGUGAUGUGUUUCUAAGAAAUAAAACAUAUCCGAGUACUUCAAUAGUAGAUAAUCAAUUUCGAUUUGUACAACCAAAAUGUGGUCGAACAACAACAUCGUCGAAUUCAUUUCAAAUGAAUGGAAAUAAUGGUUUUUUCAUGAAUCUAUUCAACUCAAUGCUUUCGAAAAUAAUCAAUGGAGCUGAAUCAACUCCGAAUGGAUGGCCUUGGUUGGUAUCAAUUGGUGUUCGUUAUCGUGGUCCAACAGGUCAAUGGCAAAACCGAACUCAUAUCUGUGGUGGAACAUUAAUCGAGCCAUCGCAUGUUCUCACAGCUGCUCAUUGUCUUGAGCAAAAAAUCGACGAUCGACACGUGACUUUUACAUCGACAAAUCCUAAUUUGGAAUCAUUAUUUAUUCUACGCAUUGGUAUUCAUGAUAUUCGUUCAACACGAUCAGAAGAAGUCUAUGGAGUCAAGCGUAUAUUUGUACAUGAAAGAUUUAUAUCGAAUACAUUUGAAAAUGAUAUUGCAAUAAUACGACUUGAUCGACCUGUAACCGUAACUAAAUAUACGUCACCGAUUUGUUUGCCACCAAACAAUGUUCAACCUGGCGCACAAGUGAUUGUUGCUGGUUGGGGUACAAUAAGUGAAUCAUCGCGUGUUCAUUCGAACGUACUUCGACAGGCUAAUGUCAAUAUUUUACCAGCAACAAAUUGCCGAGUUUACAACGAUGUUCAUUAUGAUACUUCAAAACAGCUAUGUGCAGCAGCUUUAGAUUGGUCAAAAGAUACUUGUGCUGGUGAUAGUGGCGGUCCAUUGAUGUCUCAAGAGAACGGUGAAUGGUCCAUUAGUGGUAUUACAUCAUAUGGUUAUGGUUGUUCGAAACGUGGAUUUCCGGGUGUCUACCAAGUCGAUGUGAAACGUGAAGGCGAAUGGCAACGUAUUAACUCAGAAGAUCUCGUUCGUGGCGAUAUUAUACAUGUACGUGGUGGUGAUCGCGUACCAGCCGAUAUUCGCAUUGUACAUACGUCAGGUCUUCAGGUCGAUAAUUCAAUUCUAACAAAAGAUACAGAUCCUGUACCGAAAUCAGCCGAUUAUACAAAUACAAAUCCAUUGGAAACCAAUAAUUUAUUAUUGUGUGGAACAAGUGUUACUCAUGGAUCAGCUAUUGGUAUUGUUGUUAAGACUGCUGAUCAUACAUUAUUGGGUAAAAUGUCAAAUACAACGGAAAGUUUGGAUCCUAAACGAACAAUUUAUUCACGUACUAUUCGUUCGUUGUUUCUUUUUCUUACGGUGCUCGGUCUUGUUCUUGGUGUUAUUUUCUUUAUUAUACUUUAUUCAACCGGUUACUAUUGGCUGUAUGCUAUACAAAUCAUGAUAUCAGUUUAUAUUGCUUGCAUUCCAGAAAUUCUACCAGCUAUAAUUCAUUUAUGUUUAACGCGUACAGCAGAACGAAUGGCAACCAGAAAUUGUCUUGUAAAAGUUAUUGAUGCAUUGUAUGAUUUGGCUUGUACAACAAUAUUAUUUGUUGAUAAAUCUGUUUUAACAACGAAUAAUAUGUUAGCUAGUCAAAUAUGGAUACCAUCAAAUCAAGAACGAAUUAUAACAGCUGCUCCAUCGGAUGAUCUAACAAUUAUUCAAGAAUGUAUGCAAAUGUCCGGCUGGCAAACAUUAAUGCGUACAGCUAUACUUUGUAGUCAAGCUGAAUAUUUUAUUGAUCAACAUCAAGCAAAUCGAAAUGCACCACUAGCAGAAUGGGAUGGUGAUGCACGUGAAAUAGCCAUAAUAAAAUAUGCUGAAUAUGCUGAAUUAGAUAUAGCAGCUAUACGUCAAUUGUAUCCUCGACGUGAUAUUCGUCGUUUUACACCAGAAAUAAAACGAGUGGAAUCGUAUCAUCACAAUAAUGAACCGAAUAUGGAAGGAAUGCAUCUUGAUUGUAUGAUGGGUGCACCUGAACGUAUAUUUCAUCGAUGCUCAACUGUUCUAUUGAAUGAUGAAGAAAUACCAAACGAUGGCGAUAUUGUUUUAGAACGAAUGUUCAAUGAAACACUUAUUCAAAUGGCUUCACUUGGUGAAACUGUUCUUGGUUUUGCUGAUCGACAAUAUCAUCGUGAUGAAGGUCCACAAGAAAAUUGGCGUUUUCUCGGUCUUAUGUCAUUUAGUGAUCCGAUUCGAGAAAAUGCUCCAACAGCCAUUGAAAAAUGUCGACUGGCUGGUGUUAAGGUUAUUUUAAUUUCUGGCGAUCAUCCAGUUACUGUGUGUGCACUUGCUAAACGUUUAACUAUAUUUUCGCCAGAAUCGGAAACAGUUGAAGACGUAGCGAUUAAACUUAAUAUACCAGUUGAACGUGUUGAACCGCGACAAGCAACAGCUAUCAUUAUUCAUGGGCGUGAUUUGAACAGUGUAUCUCAAAUUGAUUUAGCUGAUACAAUAAUAAAUGCACCCGAAGUUGCUUUUGCUCGAACAACACUUCGACAAAAACAAAAAAUUGUUGAAUGUGCUCAAUUAGGUAAAGCUGUUGUGGCAUGUUUUUGUCAAUCAUCGGACGAUCGUGGUGCAAUUAGAAAGGCUGAUGUUAGUGUGGCUAUGCUUAAUGGUAGUAGUGAAACAUCAAGACAAGAAGCCGAUCUUGUGUUACUGGAUAAUGAUUUAAAUACACUUGUUGGCGCCAUUGAAGAAGGUCGUUACCUAUGGGAAAAUAUUAAAAAAUGUUUAGCUUAUUGUCUUGUUGUUAAUGUGACACAACUCGCUCCGUUUAUUUUGUUUAUUGUAUUUCAAAUACCAUUAGCACUGGGUCCAAUAACAUUGUUACUUAUUGAUUUAAUAACACAAUUAUUACCAACUAUUUCACUUGCAUAUGAACGACCGGAAUCGGACAUAAUGACACGAGGACCCAUUGAUAAAUUUCGAGAUUUACUGAUCAAUCGAAGACUUUUGUCACUUUGUUGGGGUCAAAUUGGCGUUAUACAAAUUACAGCAGGAUUUUUUACAUGGAUUGUUGUUAUGGCUGAAAAUGGAUUUUGGCCAUCACGUUUAAUCGGUAUUCGAAGAGCUUGGGAUGCAGCAGCAAUCAAUGAUUUAGAAGAUUCCUAUGGACAAGAAUGGACUUAUCGGCAACGAAAAAUACUUGAAUAUAUGGGUUAUGCAGCAUUUCUAGCAGCUAUUAUUGUUGUACAAAUAGCUAAUCUACUUAUUUGUAAAACUCGUCGUUUAUCAUUAUUUCAGCAGGGUUUACGAACAAAUAUGUUUGUCAAUUUUUGUUUAAUAUUUAUGCCAGCUCUAGCUGUCCUAUUGAUUUAUAUACCAGGUCUAAAUCGAGCAAUUUUUCUUGAACGAUUACAACCUCUGUGGUGGUUGUGUCCUGUUCCAUUUGCCUUGAUGAUUUUUGGUUAUGAUGAAAUACGUAAAUUUUUUAUUAGAAAAAGUCCAGAAGGUUGGGUAGCUAAGGAGACAUAUCAUUGA